AUGAACGGCGAUAGUUAUUCCCGAGACGGCGGUCGAUCAGCUGGAUCCCGCAACUACUCUUCGAGAGAUGACCACCGUGAUCGCGGUGACCGUGGUGAUAGGCGCCGGCGCCGUUCUCGCUCCCCGCGCCAUGGCGGAGGCUCCCGCCGCGACUAUGAAGUAGACACGUACUCGUCCAGCCGCGACUACCGUGAGCGCGAGCGCGAAGAUACAUAUGCCCGUCGUGAAAGGCGGGAUGACCGGGGUGAGCGUGGAGGAGAUCGGGGCGGAUGGGGAGACUCGUACUCUAGGCGCGACCGACCCCGAGGAGACCGCGGAGGAGACCGCGACCGCGACCGCGACCGUGGAGACGACGACCGUGGACACCGCCGGGACAGAGACCGUAACGAGAGGGGUGGCGACAGGUUUGGUGAUGAGCGAAGGGGUGGCCGAGGUGGACGCGACGGAGGCUUUGGUGGUGGGCGUGAUAGGGCGCGCCAGCCCAAGGAAGACUCUCCUCCAUACACCAAGCCGCGAGAAGCUACUCCGGAUCUUGCCAGCUUCACCAACAUCCUGCAGCGCCAGCGUCGCAUGACACAAUGGGACAUCAAGCCCACGGGCUACGAGAACAUCACGGCUGAGCAGGCCAAGCUGUCGGGCAUGUUCCCUCUGCCUGGAGCUCCCCGCGCUGCGCCCAUGGACCCGUCCAAGCUGGCGGCCUUCAUCUCGCCCUCGACUGGAACUGCCACAGCCGCUGCUCUCGCCACAUCGGCCGCCAAGCAGUCGAAGCGUCUCUAUGUUCACAACCUGCCUUCAGGAUGCACGUCGCAGGAGAUUAUGGAAUUCUUCAACACCCAGCUCAAUGGUCUUAACGUUGUCUCUGGACCCGAUCCUUGUGUGUCGGCCCACAUUGCGACGAGCAAGGAGUACGCUGCGCUAGAGUUCAAGGCACCCGAAGACGCAACCCUCGCUCUGGCUAUGAACGGCAUUUCUAUGCGCGACGACGGUGGCGCUCCCGAUCGGGCAGGCCUCUCCAUCCGCCGGCCCAAAGAUUACAUCACCCCUACUGCCGACGAGAACGCAUACCCACCCGGCGACGAAGUGUCUUCUGUUGUUAAGGAUAGUCCCAACAAGCUCAGCAUUGUCAACAUCCCUACAUAUAUUGAGGAGGAGCAAAUUCGUGAGCUUGUCGAGACUAUGGGCAAACUCAAGGCUUUCAUCCUGGUCAAGGAUACAAGCACCGACCAACACCGCGGUAUCGCUUUCUGCGAGUAUGCUGACAACGAAAUCAUCGACGCCGUCAUUGAAGGUCUGAACGAUAUUCCACUCGGCGAUGGUAAUCUCAAGGUGUCACGUGCGACUGUCGGUCUUCAGCAGACUACUGGUCUGGAUGGUGGAGUUGGUGCCAUCUCUAUGUUGGCGGGAGCAAGCGCCGCAGAGAACCGUGAACACAGCCGCGUUGUUUGCCUCAUGAACAUGGUGACUUCGGAUGAGCUACUUAACGAUGAGGAAUACGAAGAAAUCAAGGAAGACAUCGAAGAGGAGUGCGGCAAGUAUGGAACGAUCCUCGAGACCAAGAUUCCUCGUCCUGCCGGAGCUCGCGUCAAUCUCGGUGUUGGCAAGAUCUACAUCAAGUACCAGGACACAGAGUCAGCGCAAAAGGCCAUCAAGGCGCUCGCUGGUCGUCAAUUCUCCCGAAGAACAGUCGUGGCAACCGAGUUCUCGGAAGAGGGCUUUGACGUGGAUGCCUGGUAG